AUGGAUCCUAACAUACCUCAUCUUCAUUGUGGCAGGAAGAUGAUGAAUUUGGCAAAAUUGGAUUUUGUCGCCCUUGACAUCUCUAGCAAGAACUACCUGUCUUGGGCCCUUGAUGCCGAGAUUCAUCUCGAAGCACAAAACCUUGGGCCAACAAUCAAGGAAGGAAACUCAGCGUCCCCGCAGAAUAAAGCUAAGGCUAUGAUUUUUCUGCGCCACCAUCUCCAUCAGAGAUUGAAGGACGAGUACUUAACUGUCAAAGACCCACUUGAGCUAUGGACAGGCUUGGCAGAUAGUAUCACCUCCCAAAUGAAUCUUUGUGGAGAAACUGUAACUCAGGCCAUGAUGCUUGAAAAGACCUUCUCCACCUUUCAUGCCUCAAAUAUGGUCUUACAGCAGCAAUACCGAGAAAGAGGAUUCACCAAAUACUCUGAUCUCAUCUCUUAUCUUCUGGUGGCUGAGCAAAACAAUGAGCUCUUAAUGAAGAACCAUCAGUGCCCUACAGGAUCACAACCAUUCCCUGAAGUGAAUGCUACUUUUACUAGUGGUCAUGGCAAUAGACGUGGUGGAAGGCAUGGCAAAGCCCGUAACCGUGGUCAUAGACCUGGUCAGGGUCGACAAAAUGGUCAAGCUCGUGGGGGCUACAACUAG